AUGGCCGACGGCGGCGGCACGGGCGGCUCGGGGCCCUGGUGGAAAUCGCUCAUGAACAGCAGGAAGAAAAGCAAGGAGGCCCUGGUGGGGGUGCAGCCCGCCGCCCAGCCCGACCCCGGGGAGCCCGCGCCGCCCAGCCCGGACUGGACUAGCGGCUCCCGGGAGAACCAGCACCCCAACCUCCUGGAGAGCACCGACGAGUCCCCCAGGCCGGACAAGCUGGGCGCGGACAAGCCCGGCAGCCGCCGCAACCUGAAGAUCUCGCGCUCCGGGCGCUUUAAGGAGAAGCGGAAAGUCCGCGCCACGCUGCUCCCCGAGGGGGUCAGGUCCCCGGAGGAGGCGGACUUCCCUGCGGACCCCCAGGAGGACCAGCCUUAG